UUUUUCUAUCCCUUUAUAAAAAAAAAAAGAAAAUAUUAUAUUUUCAUGCCCUUUGAUCUGGAGCUGUAUAUAUCUCUUGUUCCACCUUUUUUUUUAUCUUUCUUAAACCUCCGGCCGUCGUGGAGGUUACAUCCUCAGCCACCGCACAGCAACAUUACAGUUUCAAUUCUUGAGUGUGUAUGUGUGUGUCUGUGUGUGUGUGUUGUGUGCAACAGUGCGACGUCCAUCUUACGUCCUUUGAUAUCGAAGCACGUUUGUUGUUGGGAUUCGAACUCGUUGACAGGUGUAAUUGAAUUGUGAAUUGAUUUGAAAAACAAAACAAAAAUUCAAUGGAUUACAUCGUGCGGAAUCUGUACAGGCCUACCGGCAUCCUCAUCAGCCUAGUUUUAGUUUCGAUCCGGCAGCCCGUAGUCAUAGCUCGUUCUCAAGUGAAUGUUGCUCCCUACGCCUCCGGACGGGCGGGCCCGUUCGAGGCUUGUUUGAAUGUCACCAGCGGAGAAGAGGGCCGGUGCAUGUUUGCUAUGGAUUGUUUCCGCGCCAGAGGACGACACGUUGGCAUCUGCACGAAAGGUUUUUACUUUGGCUCGUGUUGCUCGUUGCCGACCUAUUCAUCAUCGACUGCCGAUCCACCACGUCCUGAGCGGCCAACGCCAACGCCACCGCGUCCUGAGCGGCCAACGCCAACGCCACCGCCGCUGUCAGCCGUCCAAUCGCCGGCGAUGCCGCGUCCGCCGCCUCCGCUGCCGUUGACAUCAUCCGACACGCUGCCUCGGGUGCCAAUCGUUUUCGAGAGCAACGAUAUUGACGGCCCCGCGGCAUCACCUUUCGAUCCGCUUGACUUGAGCUUUUGGCCCGACCUGCUGGCCGACAUCUACGGCCUCAAGCCACAGCCGAUUGCAACGCACAAAUUCCCCUAUUCGACCUUUCACGCGCCGGCCAUCAACGCCAAUGGUAAUAACGAUAGCGCAAGUAGUUCGGUGAAAGCGGACGUGAACGUAACGACAUCCACGACUCCGUCUACUGUAAAGACGACUUUAAAGACGACUGUAACGACGACCAUGACUUCUACCGCUACUACUGCCACCACUUUCAGCUCAACAGAGAGCUCGUCUUCCAAUGGGACGACGAUGGCGAUGGGAUUGAUGAAACCCAAUGUCACCGUCAUCUACGCCAACGCCACAGUUCCAGUCGAAAGCGAAGCUCCCUGGGUAGUUCCUGUCGAGAGCUGGCUCGAGGAGGCGGUUGAAGAACCCACGACAUCGAUCCCGACAACAUCAUCGACCACUGGGAGACCCACGUCAACGCCACUACCCAAUGUUACAUCAUCGACAACGACGUCGACACCGACGACUUCGCAAACUGUGGCGAUCGCCGACGAACGUAACACGACUUUUGCUUUUAUUCCGCCGUCCGUCCCGGCCUCCUCAUCGGGAAUGCAACGCCAUGGAAGCGUUGAAGCAGUUUGUGGCAAGCCCGUCUACAGAUGGCCUAAAAUCGUUUCGGGAGAGAAUGCUCGGCUUGGCCAAUGGCCGUGGCAGGUGACGCUACAAGAAAAGACGAGACGUGGAUAUUACCAUAAGUGUGGCGCUUCUCUUUUAUCCAAAGACUGGGUCCUCACCGCAGCGCAUUGCCUUAGCAACGUCCAGCCAGAAAGCCUCUUGGUUCGAAUGGGCGGCAUCGAUUUCGCCAGCGUCGAAGACAAAUGGAUAGAGAGCCGGGUGCAGCUCUUUCCUCACCCGCAAUUCAAUAUUCAAACGCAACAGAACGAUAUUGCCCUACUGAAGCUUCUCACGCCGCUCGUUGCAUACCAAUCGAGUACGUUGCCCAUCUGCUUGCCGGACAAGGAUAUGGAAUUCGAUGGUGCCCAGUCGUUCGUCUCCGGUUGGGGCAAACUUGGCGAAAAGAGCCCGAUUUCGACGCGGCUGCAGUACGUCGGCGUGCCCAUCAUUAACAAUACGGAAUGCCAGAAGAUCUACCAACCGAUUCAUAAACAAAUUGACCGGCAAUCGAUUUGCGCCGGUUAUGCGGAAGGCCUGAAAGAUUCGUGCGAAGGUGACAGUGGCGGACCGAUGAUGGUCUUCAAACGCGGACGUUGGGUGCUGGCCGGCGUCAUUAGUUGGGGCGUCGGCUGCGCCCGUCCCAACCAGCCGGGAGUUUCGACCCGCGUCACCGAAUAUCUCGACUGGAUCCAAACAACGUUGAACGGCAAUUCGUUGCCUGUCACGUGAGAGCCGAGUUUCAAAAAAAAAACUCGGAAGGAAGAACGACGAAGAUAAUCAAAGUAAAAGAGACCCCUAUCAAUGAUACACACACAUAUAUAUAAUGUUAUUUACGUCUUAAUGAACGCUAUCUACGUGAAUGGUCAUUUUUCAAUGCAAUGUGCUCUUUGGGAUGGUGAAACGCUGUUAUGUACGCCAACGUUUGUGGCGUUAUAUAGAGUUACGGUACAACGUGAUUGUGUGCGCAAGGUGCGUGUUGUAUGUGUGCGUUGGUGUGUCUCGGAAAUGUUGUACAUAGAUACUGUAAUCGGUGGGAUAAACACGCAAAUGAAACGUUAGACGUUUUCGGGUGUCGGACGGAUCGGAAAUAUACGAGAUAGAUAGAGAGAGAGAGAGACAAACUGCCGUUAGUGGGCUAUUUUUCAUUGGAAAAUGUGCUUAUUAUUUGAUUCUAUUUUCAUUGGAAAAAAAUGGUCUUCAAUGGGAUGGCCGAAACUCUUUUCAGCACUGGAUGGCUUCGUUUUUGCACUGUAAUCGGCUUUAGUCCCAUUCGGACUUGUUUGAAUUCAAACGGCAUGCUGUUUAUCGACCAUGUUCCAUCAAACCGUUUCAUAUGAAUAUAGCAGUACAUUAUAAGUGGACACGAUCUCCUCCUUUUGUUCAAUUGUGGACUUGAGCUACUUUAAAUGCCAUACAAAGUCUAUUUGAAGAUCAUUAAAUUCCCCCUUCCAUUCGACUGUAUCAGUUACUAUUAUUAGCCUUUUUUU